AUGGCCCAGCACUUUAAAGACACAAGCAGUUGCUACAUCUGUCUGACCUACAUGGCAAACCCUGUGAGCUUGAAAUGUGGGUUCAUUUGCUGCCUCAAGUGUGUCGACUCACUGUCGAGGGACCCCGGAGGACAAGGGAUUAUGUGCCUCACUUGCUCCGAGGUUUCUCAGAAGAGUGACAUCAGGCCCAAAAGUCAGCUGGCCAGGCUGGUGUCAGAGGUCAGAGUGCUGGAGCCCCAGCUGAGAGCCAUCCUGAGGAUGAACCCGAGGAUACGGAGGUUCCAAGUGGACGUGACCUUGGAUGUGGACACGGCCAACAAGUUCCUCUACAUCUCCGAGGACCGGCGGCGAGUCCGCUGCAUGUACGAGGAGCAGAAGCGCAGGGUCUGUCCUGAGAGGUUCAGCGCCUCUUUCUGUGUAUUGGGCUCUCCGCGGCUCAGGUCUGGCCGGCACUACUGGGAGGUGGACGUGGGCACCAGCACAGAGUGGAACCUGGGCGUCUGCAAGGAGUCUGUUCCUCGGCACGAGGAAGUCGACCUUUCUUCAGAACGUGGAUUCUGGACCGUGAGCUGCAGGGAGAAAGAAAGGUUCCUGGCCAGCACGAGGCCGCUGACAGUUCUCAUGGUCAGCCCCGGCUUAAACCGCGUGGGCGUUUUCCUGGACUUCGAAAUGGGGACCAUUUCCUUUUAUCACGUGGGCGAUAGCACCCACAUUUUUACGUUCCCCCCAAUUUCUAUGGCAGAGCCCCUCCGUCCGUUUUUCGCUCCUGGGACUCCGGCGAAGGACGGUGGGAGCUUCAUGACGCUCUGUCUCGGAUUCAGCCCCAGCGUGUCCAGGGCAGCUGAGCAAGGAUAUGGGGCUCUGAGCACAGCAGGUAAAGAUACACCCUGCGUGCCCACAGCCAUGGACACCAGCCCCUCCGCUGCUGACCCAGCACCCUGA